CCCCCCAUUCCUUCCUUGUAAUAACAGCUUCUGCUUGGCGUAGUUCUCCCCCCUCCCGCUCCCCUAUCCAUCCAUCUCUCUCUCUCUUUAUUUGCGUCUUUGCUUAUUUCCCUCAUGGGUCCCGUUAGCAUCCUCCUUCCCCAAAGGUAGCGCCGCGAGAGGGUGCUUGUGACCAGGACGUCGGCGCCCUGUCUCGGCCCCCCUGCCAGGCAAACGGCGCUCUUGCGGCCCGUGAGGGAGUCUCGGGAUGAGGCGCUCGCCUUAAUGCGCAGCCGGCUCCCUGCUGUGGAUCUGCGGGAGGAGGGCGCAGGUGAGGAGAAGAAAAGGGUUUCCCAAUGUUGGGAAUAGUCAGGGCUGAAGGAGAAUGUCUUUAUUUAAAGCCCGUGACUGGUGGUCUACAGUGGUGGGCAACAAAGAAGAAUUUGAUCAAGGAUGUUUAUGUGUUGCAAAUGUUGACAAUAGCAGCAGUGGACAAGAUAAAAUAAUUGUGGGCAGUUAUACAGGGUUCCUUAGACUCUACAAUCCCCAUCCUAUGAAACCUGGAGAUGCUGUGCAAGCUGAAGAUUUGCUCUUGGAAGUGCAGUUACCUGAGCCAAUACUUCAAGUGGAAGUAGGAAAAUUUGUUUCUGGUAUAGAACUGUUACAUCUGGCUGUAUUACACCCUAAAAAAUUGUGUGUAUAUGCUGUCUCAGGAAGCCGGGGAAACAUUGACCAUGGGAACCAAUAUCAGCUAAAGCGUAUGUACGAGCACAAUCUUCAGAGAACAGCCUGCAACAUGACUUAUGGGCCAUUUGGAGGCAUAAAAGGUCGUGACUUGAUCUGUAUACAGUCUGUGGAUGGAAUGCUUAUGUUAUUUGAACAAGAAAGCUAUUCAUUUGGCCGUUUUCUACCUGGUUUUCUUCUUCCUGGUCCGCUGACAUAUAGCUCUCGAACAGAUUCCUUCAUUACUGUCUCUUCCUGCCGGCAAGUUGAGAGUUACAAGUACCAAGUGCUUGCAUUUGCAAAGGACGCUGAGACCCAAGAAAAUGAGCAACAAAAGCGUGGGUCAGGAAAAAGGCUUGUGGUGGACUGGGUUUUAAACAUUGGAGAACAAGCGUUGGAUAUAUGUGUUGUUUCUGUCAACCAACUUGUUUCCAGUGUGUUUGUGCUUGGGGAAAGAAACUUCUUUUGCUUUAAGGAUAACGGACAAAUUCGAUUCAUUAAAAAGCUUGACCACAGCCCAAGUUGCUUUCUUCCAUAUUCAGUGUCUGGAGCCGUAGUUAACACUCUAAUUGGAAACCACAGUAGCAUUCUACACGUUUAUCAAGAUGUGACUCUAAAGUGGGCAGCUCAGCUUCCCCACAUUCCUGUGGCAGUAAGAGUGGGGAAAUUACUAGAUUUGAAAGGUGUGAUAGUCACACUGAGUGAUAGCGGUGAUCUACAAUGCUCCUACCUUGGUACAGAUCCAUCUUUAUUUCAAGCUCCAAAAGUUGAGGCUCGGGAUAUAAAUUAUGAAGAAUAUGAUGCAGAAAUGAAUAAACUUCAGAAAAUCAUUAAAGAAGCCAGAAAAAUCAAAGACAUUGUGCCUAAAAUGGAAAAAAAUGAAGAUUUUGCACUUCUUGUGACGGUCUCACCUGAUCUUGAUUCAGUGUCUCAAGCCAUUGAGAGUGAAGUAAAAGCAGAGGUGGUUCCUUCUGUGACAGUAAAGAUCACUGUGGAGGGCAAACAGCCGACACUUGCAAAAUUAUCUGUAUGUGUUCAACCUCCUUUAGCUUUGACUCAUGACAAAUUCACCUUGAAAUUAGAGUCAUCUGUAUCUAAAACAGUUGUACUCUCUGCCUUUCUAAAGGGGAAUAUCUCACCAGCAGAUCUGGAAGGUACUGCUCUAGCUUCAUAUAACACAGCAACAGGUGCACCAAGAGUUUCCCAGUGCAAAUUUCGAUUACCAUUGCGGUUAGUUUGCUCUCCAGCUCAUCCUUCAAAGACAGCAAGCCAGAAGUUAACUAUUGAUACCAACAAGCCUCCAGUCAGCCUUGUUACCCUUUUCCCAGACUUUGCUGAUCAGGCUGAUGAAGACCAGCUAAAUGCUUUAGGAUUUCAAUUAUUAGGUGGCUCCCGAGUCACAUUACUCGCUUCAAAAACAUCGCAGCGCUACAGAAUUCAAAGUGAGCAGUUAGAAGACCUUUGGCUAAUUGUGAAAGAACUCACUGUGCGUCUAGAAGAACAUUUUAGGAAACAAAACUGCAAAGACUUUGCAUGUACUUUUUCUGGCCCAAUCCCUUUACAAGAAUAUUUUGAAAUAAUUGAUCAUCAUUUUGAGCUGCGCUUGAAUGCUACUAAAUAUGAGCAACUAUUAUCUGAAAGAGCCGUACAGUUUAGAGCUAUUGAACGACGACUGCUGACUCGGUUUAAAGAUAAAACCCAGGCUCCUCUGCAACAUCUGGACACCUUGUUAGAGGGAACUUACAGACAGGUAAUAGCUCUAGCAGAUGCAGCUGGAAAAAAUGAAGCCAAUAUGUUCCAGGCGUUCACAAAGUUAAAAAGUGCCACCCAACUGGUAAUUCUGCUGAUUAGCCUGUGGCAGAAACUGAGUGCUGACCAAGUUUCUAUUCUACAAGCUACAUUUUUGCCAUUAACACAGGAUACUCAAGAGCUGGGCUGGGAAGAAAUUGUGGAUGCGUCUGUCUCUCACUUGUUGAAAACGUGUUUGUCCAAGAGUUCGAAAGACCACGCACUGACACUUACCAAUCAGUUGUGUAUCCCCAAGGACACUAAUAAACUGAAGAAACACAUAACCUUGCUCUACGAUAGAUUGGCCAAAGGGGGUCGGAUGUCUCUAAAUACAGACUUUGACUCUCAGCAAACGAUGAUUCCAGCAGGUGCCUGUACUACCAUCCCAGAGGAAAGACCACCCUCACCAGACACUACAACAUUGUUUACCAACCACAGGAACCUCACCAAACAGGAGACUGAAACUGAUUUGCCACAGGAUGAAUUACAGGAAGCAGAAAAGCCAUGAAAAGCGCAAGAGAACCCUCAGGAGGAUUUUUAAAAUCUGUGCAUUUACAAUCCAGCAGGAACAAUUUAUUUUCCUCUGUAGUGAACGCAACCAACCUCAAGAAGGAAGUCCACUAACAGUGCAAAAUGCUUCCAAUUGCAUCCAAGCACCUGGCUAUCCCUUACUUUGACACACUUUCUUAUUAACAGGUUCUGGACCACUUACCAAGCAGUCAUAUAUGUAUGGGGUUAUAAGUGCUCUUUAGAAAUUCUGAUGCUCGAACAAAGACUUUAUAUACCAAGAAAUGCACGUACGCACACAAGCAUUUCAUGCGUAUAUCUCAAUUUUUAAGCCUCUCACUGCCCAGUCUGACUUGAGGAUUGUUAAUUUUGCCCUAAUGUUACAGCUUUGAUAAAAGUUAACAAUCUCCCUGUCCCCCUUCAGCUAAUGAACUAGGUUACUAGACUUACCAUUUAAUAUCCUCAAUAAUACAUAUUUCCCUUUUCCGGCUCCCUCCUGAUGUUAUUCUUGAUAGUAAAAUCUUCAUACCUGGCUUUUGGAAGUUCUGAAACUCAGGGAUAUAAAAAUGAGACUAGUUUAAUUAUUCAUUUAUGUCUCAACCAUAUAUUUUACAGAAUUUCAAAAUCUGAUAUACAUCUGGCAUCUUGGUGGGCAGAUUCAGAGAGUGGUUUGAUUUUAACUAUGUAACUUCAUUUCUCAUAUCUGCCAGUCUCAACUUUCAGGGUUCAAUCCUAAAAUGUUGGUGUUUGGAUAUGAAAUAGCAGAUUUCAUACAAUCUUGAGUUUGAGAGUUGCAGCCCUAAAAGGUCAGGUGUUGGCUCUAAAAUUGAGUAUUUUAUAUACGAUAACAUGCACAAGAAAGCAUUUGAAAGGACUAAUGACGUCAAGAUGAAAACAGGGUUAAUUCAGGAACAUGUACCAUUGUGUGAAAAUAACUCAGGUCUGGCUCCAACACUACAUGCUUUAAUUAAGGCAUAUGCUUCUACUUUUGUUUUGGUCCAGCUGGUGCACCACAGAUUACAAAAUGAACAAGCCACUGAAAGUAUCACUCAAGGAUUGGGUGCAGAGAUAAGCACUACCUGACCCACCUCAGAGUAAGCAUAUAUUGUUGGCAAGGACUAAGUUAUGGGUAAAAUACAGCCUGUUAAUUGCUUUAAAAUAAGCAUAUGCUUAACUCUUCCACUGAAAUAAAUGGGACUUAAAUAUACUUUAUUCUGGCUGGAUCAUGCCCAAAGUCAUUGUCAUUUCCUUCCAUUUUGGGUCCUGUGAAAAAUCACUACGUGACUACCAUUUCUCAUUGUAGAAUUUUGUCUUCUGCAAAAUUGGGCACAAUUCCAAUUCAUCUUUUUCUUCGGCCUGUGAAUACUGGAACAGAAAGCAUCUCAGUCUUAUCUUUGUCAAUUUGUCUGUAAAUUGGCUUGUUUUGAAUGUUCUGCUCAACCCCCAGCAUCCACUUCCUGUUUGUGUUCAGUCAGAUUGGGGUUAGGGUAGCCUAUUUGCUGUGGCUGAUUUAGUAUUCGGCGGAAGUAGUGCUAUAAAGUGAAGUUGUAUCUGUCCCACUUUUUGCUAACUUCAGUUUUUUCUGGUAACUCGCAUUGUAGCUGUAGACUCUUGGCUAGCCAGGUGCCCAUAUUUAGGUUUCUGUUUCUCUGCCCAUAGAGGCCUUUGGGGGAUGUAUUUGGGACUAAGCCCAAAUCAGUGGUGCAGAUUCGCUUAGUGUUAGUUUGUGCAAUAUUACAACCUUUGGAUUUGAAGUCACAGUUCAGCGUUGGCCGCCCCAGAUCUCGUUCUGAUGCAGGAGAUUGGUUGGUUUAUGGCAUCAACACACUUUGGGCAAGCUUUUAUUUGUGUGUCAUAUCUCUUUAGAUGCUGCUUUGUUCUCUUCCUGCUGCUGGAUCUUUGUUUCAACGUGGCUGUCACAGUUUAACAUGUCUUUCGUGGUGAGGGCCUCAUCCUGAGGGUGUGUGGGUAGGACCCAGAUUUUAGGCUACAUUCCUUCCUACGCAUUUUCCUGCAGGAGAAAGUUGGAAACUCAUGAAAUGGACCUGUUGUGUAUUAACGGGAAGCACGUGUGUGUGUGUCUUUCCCUGUUUCAGGGACCACUGAACAUCCAGGGGGAACUAAUCAAUUCCCUAAGCUCUUCAGUUUAAACAUUAAACACAGUUCUAAAAGCCUCUUUUGUGGUCACAGUUCUCUUCCAGAUAAUUCUGAUAAAAUGUCCUAUUUUGCCACUCUUUAUUGUUGCAUGUGAUGGCGUGCCUGCGGUUACUUUAUUUUUAAAAAUGAUAGUGGUGCUUGAUUUCUUCCUGAGCAACUUCUUUAGAAUUUUAAAUGUCAUUGUUUUUCAGAAGAAUUAGGUCAGUGUUUCACAGAAGUACCGGUAAAAAAUAGAAUGAGCAACUGAAACCAAAAACACUCCCCUACACUGCGCUCCAGCUAUAGUGGAAAGGACAGGUGGACUUGGGGAAGAAAAGAGGUCUGUUACAUUGGUGUCAUUCCCCUGGUGUGGUAGACCUGGGUCUGGGCUUUGAGUUAACACUAUGUGUCUGAACAUUCCUCCAUAUUACCCCGUGUCAAAGAUACUGUGUCAGGGAGAAAAUUCCAGUCUAGCCUUUGCCUUGAUAUCAAACUUCAUAUAUAUAGAAAGGCUUUUUUGUGAGAAAGUUUGCCAUCAUGAGAGACUCCACUUGCAGGUUGAAUUGUUGCCACUUUCAUUAAGACCAUUGCAAAAGAGGCUAGGGUCAAGCAAAUGCUUUGCCCAACUUCAUAUCGAAAGACUAGAAGCAGAACUACCAACUUCCAUGAUGUUCAAGUCCAUUUUCUCCCCAGGAACAACUAAUGCAGUAAUAUAUCCCAUAGCCACAAUUGCCAGCAGAAAGCUCCAGAUUAGAGAUCGGAAUAUCCCACGCCCUUUUAACAAUUAAAAGCUGUCACCAACAUGGAAAAAGGGGUGUCUCCCCGCCUAGGGAUGUGGGUGAUUUAAUGUUGCAAGCUUUGUGAGAAGAUGUAAAAAUAAAAAUCCUACCUCAGCUGGGCAGCUAAGCCUCUGCAUUUGCAUGUAAAGCAGUGGAGGCGAUCAGACGAUGCGCAACCAUUUCCUGGAAAGGUCUCACUAGCUCAUUCCACUUGUAACCCUAAGCCAACCCUUGGUUUAACACAAUGAGCAAACGUGUGGGUUCCUGGAAUCAAGAUCGCAGCCUCGGGUCCCCUCCCUUGGUCCUGCUGCAGACAUGCUACUCAGGACCAAACUGUGGCUUAGCUGAGUGUAACUUGUAAACUGGGUCACCACCUGUGAUGGAUAUAGAAUAUCUGUAAAACAGGCUAAGUUGGCUGAUUCUGUAAAGUAAGAGUUUGGGGCUUUUAAAAAUGGAAGCAGGCCAACGGAGACUCGGUUUUGUCACAUACAUAUCAAUGUUAGUUUUCUUUGAUUCUAAGCAUAAAGUUAGUGAAGCGUGGUAUGGAAUUUCUAUUGAAAUUCAGGAGAGUCCCUUAGGAACGUUUUACUGUUCUCAAACAUUUAUGACAGGUAUGCACAAGAUGUCCUCUCUGGGUGGGACACCAGUUGUGUAUUGUGAAUCCUCGGGUGUUUGGUCUAAAGCACCUGCAUUUAUGGCCCCAGCUGGACUGGAUAACAGUAUCUGUAAAACAGGUGGAAGCCUUCAGUACAUGGUUGGUGUAGCACACCCAAGGGCCACAACUUGUGCAGUCUUGGCUUCCGAUGUGAAUAGAAAUAGUGUGAGAACACCAGGCAGUUACAGAGUUCCCAUUCACAUCAGGACAACAUACUAGGCAGAACUACAGUAUUUAUAAAGAAAUAAAGAAAAUGCGAAUUAUUCAUGGAUAAAGUAUGAGUAGUAAUAACACAUGGAGGUCUUUUACCUUUUUGAUAAGAUGGAGCAAUUAAUUACAUACACGAGUUCAUUUAGGAGGCAGGAGGCAGUGCAGGUGAGUCACCAUUUUCAUUUCCCUUGGCUGUGUGGAUGAAAGUAGCUCAAAGGACUUUGCCAUUUGUAGCAUAGAUAAUAACGUAACAGAAUGCCCUCCAACUUAAUAUCUGUUACAGUGUGAUCCUCUUGACUGCCAAAAACAGGAAAGUCAAAGCCAAAUGUGUUUAAAAAUUAAAUAUAAGCCAAUUUGCUCAUUGGGUGGAGGGUGGGGGCUGCUGUGCAAAAGUCAGCACCCAUGUUUCUGAACACAGUGAAGAAAAUACUGCUAAGUGUGGGACUCUGAAGCGAUAUUAAGUUGGUUACAUAGCUAAUAAAGAGGUCACAAUCCUUAGUGUAAAUUGAAUUUUCUUGUGUUAGUUAUUUAUAUUUUCAGUAAGGGAUAAGAAUAUAUUUUUAAAAAAUGUUCAUUUACAAUCAGACAAGCUUUAAAUAUGCAGAAUGGGUGUUAACGUCAUCAACUUAUUUAAAAAGUAUCCUCUAUUUUUAUGAGAUGCUUGUACCAAAACAAAUGUUUGUCUUUGUCAAAUAUAUUAUAGGCAUAUAUAAAUGUAGGAAUUGUGAGCAAAGUGUUUUAUGUUCUAGCCAAUUCAUCGCAGAUGCUAACUUGAUAUAGUUUGAACUUUCUACCGUUUUUCAAAAGUAUUUUCUAACUUGCAUCCUUCAACAAAAAUGUCCAAUUUCGAUUUCUUUAAAGAGCUGAAUAUUAUGUAGUCAUUGAUUGCUGAAGAAUAUUUGUCCAAGGCUAUGAUCCACAGAGCAGGUAAGCAUGCAAAGUUGCAUCGACGUUGGCUGAGUUAUUUAAUGGCAUGAAAAGCCUAUUCCACAAAUCAGUUAAAUCAAAACAUUUAAAAUGAUGUUAUCUAAGUUGUGGAGGGAGAUGAAGGGAGGUUUAAGAGCUACUAUACAGCGUUCUGUUAUUUGUGGAUUGUGCUAUAAUAACUAUUUCUAGUCUGCCUUUCCAUUUUACAGCUGUUACUAACGUAAAGCAAUUCAUUUGUAGACAGAACAUGGACUUGUUACAUUGUCCACAAUUCUGAACUACAUUAAAACCUGCAAAUUGUUUUUGCUAUUUUGCUAUCAAAAUAGUAUUAGGCAAAGAGUAAUACAUGUCUUUUUCUAUUAGAUUUUAUUUCAAUAAUACAAGGUUUCUUAUUGUCAUCUAUAGUUCUGUAUUAGGUGUACACUUGUUAUUUUUGUUGUUAUAUAUGGAGAAUAAUUUACUGCCACAAACCAAAGGAUGUUGGGCGAGGAUAAUUUUCAUGUUAAAUCUGUAAGUAGAAAUAUACCAUUAUUUAUGUACUGUGCUAAAUAAAAUAUUGUCUUUAUCAAAACA